CAUAUCAAAGCGCAUAUCUCAAGUGCAAGCGUGAUAUUCAGCUAGGCGCGGGUCUGAGUUUCAAGGCUCGUGGAAUCCUCAGUGACCCAAAUAAAGUAUAACACAUAGUGUUGACUCCGCUUACCACGAUGAGUGCCGCGAUUCGUGUGGUCCCGAGUGCCGCGACUCGAGCUACGAGUCUCUUGAGAACAGUUCAGUUCACACAUCCUCCGAACUGUCCAUGUCACUCGAAUCCGGGAUACCACCAACGUCAUGCCCGGCCACAGAUCGAAUCUUAUGCCCAGCGGACUCGAGAGACCGGAAGACGCGGCUUCGCCUCUCCCAUGGACCCUGCCCAGCAAAAAGAGUACGCCUUUGAGAUGGCUGCAUCCUCAAUUCGAUUCGGGCCCGGCGUAACUCAGGAAGUUGGCAUGGACUUCGCCAACAUGGGCGCCAAACGGGUGUGUGUCGUCACCGACUCCACCGUGAGGCGCCUGACUGCUGUCAAGCAAGUUGAGGAAGCUCUGUCCAGGGAAGGCAUUAACUAUGAAAUCUUUGACAAGGUGCGAGUCGAGCCCAAAGAUAGUUCAAUCAAAGAAGCCAUAGCAUUUGCGAAGCCUUUUAAGGCAGACGCAUUCUUAGCUGUCGGCGGAGGCUCCGUGAUAGAUACCGCUAAGUUGAUGAACUUAUAUACUGAAUACCCCGAGGCGGAGUUCUUGGACUUUGUAAACGCGCCUUUAGGUAAAGGAAGGCCAAUCGAUAAGAAACUGAAACCUUUGGUCGCUAUUCCUACGACAGCCGGCACAGGUAGCGAGACUACGGGCACGGCCAUCUUCGAUCUGGUAGAAAAGAAAGCGAAGACUGGUAUCGCACAUCGUAAUUUGAAGCCGACGCUUGGUAUCUGCGAUCCGCUCAACACCAAGACUAUGCCAGCUGCUGUGAAGGCAAGCUCUGGGCUGGAUGUCCUGUUUCACUCGCUGGAGUCUUGGACAGCGAUACCUUUCAAUGAAAGAACUCCCCGACCAACAAACCCGAUCUUGAGACCGGCAUAUCAGGGCGCCAAUCCCAUUAGCGACAUAUUUUCCUUGAACGCCUUAAAAAGUACUAUCAAGUACUUGCCACGCUCGGUCAAAGACCCUGAGGAUUACGAAGCACAAAGUGAGAUGCUUCUCGCUGCUACUUUAGCAGGCGUUGGUUUCGGCAAUGCGGGCGUUCAUUUAUGCCAUGGAAUGUCCUAUCCAAUUUCCGGCCAAAACCCAGGCUACAAGCAUGCAGGCUACGAGGUCGCAUCGCCUAUUAUUCCCCAUGGUGUCACAGUAGCCGUGACUGCUCCGGCGGUAUUUCGGUUCACAGCGCCAUCAAAUCCCGACCGCCACCUAGCAGCUGCCGAGGCAUUCGGAGUUGACAUUACGAAUGUGAAGCGCGAAGAUGCCGGAGAGGUUCUAGGAGAGGCUGUAGCGAAGUUCCUUGCCGAUCUUGGUGAUCAGCCCAAUGGUCUGAAGGAUCUAGGUUUUACUAGCGGGGAUAUCGAAAGUCUCGUCGAAGGUACCAUUCCUCAAGCAAGAGUGCUUAUGCUAGCACCGGGAUUGGCAAAGGAACUCGAGCAUGAAAGGGACCAGCUGAGAAGAUUAUUUGAAGAUUCUAUGACGCACGCGUAGAUUUCUAGCAUUCCAAUCUCGGAAUACAAUAAUAGCAUCGCUCGAGCUUGUCAUGCAAAUCCCUAUGAAUGUCAUGUACUCGCCCCUUUUUCUUGUAUUCACGGAACUCCAUGCGCAUUUAAUAGACAUUGGACCCUCCCCAAAAACCUGCUGUUAUUCUUUUUGAGCAAUGCAGACAUGGGCAGUCAUCUCCAACGUGCAUGUAUCUCGUUCGCGCGCGGUAAGCUGCUUCGCUAGCUCUUCCUUCCACCUACUCAUCUCAUCUUGGCUCCACCCCUUACAGAACUGAGCCGUCCAUAG